GUCUUGUGGACACCGUUACAAAAACGCAAACCUUCCCGAGGAUAGCAGUACACGGCACUCGCUGUUAGGUCGGCUGGUGGGUGCACUCUUGCUAUUACUACUCAACACACGUCCACAUAUUAGGAGAUGCUGAGUGGGAAGGUCGCCUUGGUUACAGGUGGAGGAAAUGGCAUUGGGAGGGCCGUGUGUCGCCUGCUUGCAAGGGAUGGCGCCCGAGUCGUUGCCACAGACAUGGACGGCAGUGCAGCACAGGGGACCAUCAACAUGUUGAAGGGCCCUGAUGACCACCUUGCUCUCAAGAUGGAUGUUACUGACAAGGCCUCAGUGGAGUCAGCCAUCAGUUCAGCCAUUGACAAGUACAAAGCUCCUCCCUGUCUUAUUACCAAUGCAGCAGGUAUUAUCAGGGACAGCUUUAUGCUGCAAAUGGAUGAAAAAGCAUUCAUGGAGGUUUUAGAUGUAAACCUUAAGGGAACCUAUCUGGUCACACAAGCUGCAACAAUGGCAUUAGCAGAGCAUGACGUAUCUUCAGGAGCCAUAGUCAACAUCUCAAGUAUAUCGGGAAAGUUGGGUACCAUGGGUCAGAGCAAUUACUCAGCAAGCAAGGCAGGUGUGAUCGCCUUCACUAAGUCAGCAGCAAUGGAGUUAGCAAGUAUGGGAGUGCGGGUCAACUGCGUGCUUCCUGGCUUCACCCAGACUUCAAUGGUGGCUGAUGUACCUGAUAAAGUAGUGAAGCUCAUACUUAAAAUGACUCCUCUCAGGAGAAUGGCAGAACCUGAAGAAAUUGCAGAGGUAGUGGCCUUCCUUCUGUCUGACAAGAGCAGCUUCAUGACUGGUGCCAGUGUGGAAGUGACAGGCGGUCUAGGGAUGUGAGGAUCAGAAAGACUGAACCUGCAACCUUGUGGAAGCCGUGGUGUAAAUACAAGUGCUGUUGAAAAGAUUUUCAUAUACUGUAUAUAGUUGAUGCUCCCUUCCAUGGGGCUUGUUGUAUUGUAAAGGUGCAGCGAUUGGGAGCAAAACCUCAGGAGUAUCAGAGAUGUGUCGCCAAUGCUUCACAUAUAAGGCCAUGUCCACACUGAGAGUGAGAAAACAAGAGCAAGAAAAGUCGGGUGAAUUCCUUCCAUGGGGCUUGUUGUAUUGUAAAGGUGCUAUGAUUGGGAGCAAAACCUCAGGAGUAUCAGGGAUGUGUCAGCAAUGCUUUACAUGUAAGGCUGUGUCCACAUUGAGAGUGAGAAAGUGGGCGAGAGCAAGAGCAAGAAAAGUCAGGUGAAUUUGAGUGGCCAUUUUGGAAGUGAUUUCAGGUGGGAGUUGCCAUGGCAGUGGGCUUCCACCUGCCAUUCCACCACUUUCCUAGUCACCCUCCACCCACAUCAGCUGAUUUACUGGACAUUGAGUUCGAGGUCAUGAUUGACAAGUUCAUCACCGUAUACAUGCUACCCAUGAAACUAGAAGAUGAGAGUUUAAAGUUAGUAUGUGCUGAGAAAGGAAACUCUGGUAUCAUAUGACAAAACAUAAUGAUGCAUUGUAAAGUGAUUAUGUGAGAGGUACAAUAGAGGGAUUUUUUAUUAAUUUAUUUUUUUUUUCAUAAAAGAGAAAAGAGCAAGUAGUCUGGUAACACAUCAUCCCCCACCCCAACUCCUGGUGAAGGAGAGCCACUGUUGGCAUGCACAAGAAGUGAGGUGAAAAUGUUGUUACAAAGAGUUUCAUGGUUUGUUUAUGUAGCAGGAUUUGAAAAAUCUGCUUAUACCUUUGUGUUUAGGAGACUUAUUUACAAGAUGAAAGAGUCUAUUUUAGCAUUCAUACCAUAGCCACUGAAUAUGGCCACCAUAAGUAAAAUAUAGUAACAUUUUGGAGCUGUGUUUUGACUUCAUCUUGUCAUAAUUUCUUUAUUUUUGUUUUUGCCAAAUUUUUACAAGUAUAUCCGAGUUCUGCAAAUACUGUCAAGUAUAAGGGCAUCAACCAAAAAGCCCUGCCUAGUUUCUGAGCUGAGAUACAGCAUGUAAUAUAGAAACAUCUCUGUGAUGUCACUCAUUUCAACUCUACAAACUUGCAUGAGAAAAGUAAAUAGUUGACUCUUCUUGCCUUUUGACCUGUGAGGAUGCCAUCCUCUGGCUGCUGCCAGUGUGGCCUCCUGAACUGGCUGUAAUGUAUCAAGUUUUUUGCUCGCUUUCUUGCUCUCAGUAUGGGUGUGGCCUAAGGAAAGAUUAAGUCAUUCCCUUAUCAAUAAGUGAAAAUCAACAGCUUAAUCAUAAGGUCUAUAUGAUCAAAUAUAUAUAUAUAUAUAUAUAUAUAUAUAUAUAUAUAUAUAUAUAUAUAUAUAUAUAUAUAUAUAUAUAUAUAUAUAUAUAUAUAUAUAUAUAUAUAUAUAUAUAUAUAUAUAUAUAUAUAUAUAUAUAUUUAAAGGGAUUUAAAGGGAUGUUGCACAAUUUAACAUUGUAUUAUUUGUAAAUUUUUAUGUCAGUUAUGCCAAUGAUAUGUGAUAUGGUGGCCAUUCAGCAACAUUAACAUAGGGAUUCAAGAUGGGAAGGAAUGUGCUUCUGUAUAGGAAUUUGAGAACAUGAGUGACCAGAGACUGUAUAUUCUACUUGAUUCAAAAACUCAUGGUUCAGAAAUAUUUUUAUAUUGCUUGCUAGCAAUUACAUUGAAUCUUAAAUUCUGCCACCAUAUUAGCAUAAAAGUAGGGUAUUCUGUUUUAUUAUCCUUUAUAAAGUAAUAAUGCAUUAUAUUUUUC